AAAGCGACAUGGUGGGUUACUUUAUCCUACCCUGUCGACUAAAUAGCCCUGUUAUGCCGACAUGGCGAAUUAAUUUAUGUUGCCAUGUCGACUCAAUAGCCUUACAUGUCGACAUGGCAAGUUAUUUCAUCUUGCCAUGUCCACAUGUUGAUAUACAUAUAUCUUGCCAAGUUUACAUGAUGAGAGUCUUGCCAUGAAGGUCGACUUUGAAAAAAAUGCCGCAUGUUGACACGACGAGAUACAUUAUUUUGCCGAGUCGACUUAUAACUUAAGUCACCUUGGUGUGAUAUUUUAUCUUGCCAAGUCGACUUAUCUCGUCAUGACGACAUAUAAGUUUUUAUAAGUCGAUAAUUGGCAAGAUAACGUAUGUCGCCAUGCAUGAAGACAUAGUACAUAACUCUUAAUGAGUAGACUUGGCGAUGCAACGUACGUCGCCCUGUCGACAUUAUGUCAAGAUGAAGUAUUUAUAUAUCAUUACCUCAUCAUUUCAUUAUUCAUGCUAUAUAUUUUUUUGGUAAAAAUGAAGGAACAGCAUUAUUUACAAGUUCUGCUUUCCGUUUGUUUCCUUUUUUCCUCAUCAGUGAAUUUUACCGAAUAUGGAUUUUUACCCCCAGUUUUUACCUGUAUGCAAUAAUGUAAAUAUAUAAAAUCGGGAAAAAAUACGGCACGUUGGACUAUCAGAAGAAAAAGUUGGGUAAAAGAAACCUAAGCUAUUGAUGAGUUUAUGGUAUGAAAAAGAUAAAUGAUUAUUACGAUAGUUAUGUAAAUUUAGUUAAAGAAUCAUUUUAGAGUAGGCCUAAUAUUGCAGGCGAAUAUUGCGUUCCUCUUUCCGAGAGAGAAGUUAUUUGUUACGGUACUCCAUCACAAUGAGCGUUCCAUAACAAUUUAUUCAGCGAGUCACGUCGCCAUGACUGCCUCACUGAGAUCAGUGGACUGCCUAGCCUGCCUGCGCUAGCUAGCGCUUGCAUACACGGUACACGAAUAUCAUUCGCUAAUAACUCAUCGGGAUUUCGGAACGAUAUCACCCGACACUGGCCCGGUACAACAAGAGUAUACGUUCCUGCUUCCUACGGGCCGCGCCACGGGACGGCCACUGCACUGAAAGUAGAAAACAAAGUCUGAUUCAUCAUUUGACUUGCUAAUUCUGCAGACUGUUCCCUGCUUGAUCAGGACGAUGGCGAUACGGAGCGUACCUUGGCAGAGGUCUGUGUCCGACGCCGUCUCAUGGCACCAGGACCAAGCUCUGUCGGCUACCAUCUACAUCCUCAGGGAAACGGGUCCUACAGGGUUCCUACUCAAGGAGGAAGGAGAGUCCAAAAAAGUCAAGGUAUUUCUCGGAGAUCCUCACAAGUGUACGUGUACUACCUUCAGGAAGGAGAAGGAUCUUUGCAAACAUAUUUGUUGGGUACUGCUGAAGAAAUUUCGUCUGGAAAGGAAUAAUGAAUUAUCCUACCAAAGAGGCCUUGUGGAGCGUGAGAUCAACGCUGUUCUGAGGGGUCUCGCAAAGAAGGAGGACCCACGGAGGCGGGCAGCGGCGGCUCGUCUCGCGAGGAAUGCAGGCAAAGGGGAGACAUCUUACUCUCAUUCUGAUGGGAAGGAAGCGUUACAGCAGAGGGAGAUCACUGAGGAUGAUGUCUGCCCUAUUUGUCAAGAUGAACUCCUUGGAAACAGAGAGCCAGUCACAUUUUGCAGGUUUGGUUGUGCCAAGAGCAUUCACAUCAAAUGCAUGAAGGUAUGGGCGGACCAUCAGAAGUCCACGGGAGAGACAGUCUUGAAGUGCCCCCUCUGUAGGGAAGAUUUCGGUCAGAUCGACAUCUUGGAGGCGGAGUAUCGCAACUCGUCUUUACAAAAGACGAGAGCGGAGUGCGCCGAUAUCCAUAUGGGCAAGGCAUGUGCUGCAUGCAAUCAGUCACCAAUCUCAGGAAAAUGUUAUAAAUGCACAGAAUGCAGAGACCUCUACUUGUGUCAGAACUGCUUUGUAUCUAAUGCUCAUUCAAACCACUCAUUCCAGUUUAGGCAGAAAAGUAACCAGAGAUGGCGUCCUGCUCAGCGUGGAUCAGGAGGAGCUCUUCCGACAGCGGUCAUAUCGGACCUUGAGAACAGAGAUAUCACGGAUGAAGAUUAUGAUACUCUACUGCAGCUUGAUAAUCCUGCAUCCAACCAGCUGAGCAAUGUCCCUGAGCAUGUGGUGAAGUCUUUCCAUGUCGAGACGGUCAGAGAAGGCAGCAACCUCCUGUCUUUGGGCACCCAGUGCAGGGUGUGCUUGAGAGCCUACGCCAUCGGACAACUGGUCAAGAAACUCCCAUGCAGGCAUAAGUUCCAUGCAGCGUGCAUAGACCAGUGGUUGCUUCACGAGCACCCAACAUGCCCUGUGGAUGGAACGGUGGUCUGGAACCCCUACUCGGAGCAGACCAGACCCAGCAAGAAGAACAAGAAGACCAACCAGGGGAACGAGGGUAGGACGGAAGGAGGGGAUACUGUCCUUCAGAUCGGUCCAGGAUUGGGAGUCGUCAAGCUCCAAGGGAGAGAUUCUGCAGGGAGGCAGAGGGGAAGGGCAGGACAUGGUAGGGAAACAGAUUCCACAGAGGUUGGACUUACAUCAGACUUCCAGCUUAUGGGCUCAUCCUUUGCAAAGCCUGCACUACCAAACAGGUCUACUCCGAAUCGGCAUGGAAUGCUUCAGCAGAACUCUGAUCCCACCCACACCAACCCCCUGCAUAGAUCGCAUUCACACGAAGCUCUCAUCGAUACUACCUCAUCAUCAAGUGCAUCUCCCCUGAGGACUCUGAAUAUAGGUGAUGUCAACGGACCGACCACCACCUCCAGGCAAAUGGGUGUGGUCAGGCACCGACCUCCUGCCAGACCCGCUUCUCUGGACAGACAUAGAAGUCAUGUUGCUUCCAUUCCUCUGCGGAGGGAGGAGGUCAUGUCCCCUAUUAGAGGACACAGCAGCAGCGAUGCACCGGUCCCAAGGCUUCCUGUAGAGAAUGGUCUUCACUCGCCUCAGGAUAGCGUCAGAGAGAGGGGUCGAGAGGCCGAUGGGCGGAGGAGAAGGGUCGGGAGCUUCGGCAGGAACCGUUCUUCAUCGAGAGAAAGGCCACACCGCCAGCAAGAUGAGGUGCCACAGAGUGCAGAAUCCCUCUUCCUUGGCUCAAGCAGCGGGCAGCUGAUUGGGUCUUCCAAGCCACCUUCCUCAAACUCUGCGGGCAGCCAUCAUCAUCAUCAUCCAAGGUCAAAGGUCAAGCCACUAUUGACCAAUAAGCAUGCUAGCCCAAGCAGAGACUCGGCGGACCUUGCUCUCGCAGGCAGUGCCAUGAACAAUCUGAAUAUAAGUGGGUUCGGUGACUGACAGACGAAUAGAAAUAAAAUUUAUGGCAAUUGCAAUGAAAUAAUUAUUGUGUGACUUAGAUGUGUGUGGCUUUUCAGAUUUGAAAGUGUAUCAAGAUCCUUUUGCAUAAACUUUAAUUACCGCAGAUGGUAUUUUGCUAUCAGUAUGGAUUCCUACAAAAACUGGUGAUAUUGAUGGCUGUUAAAUGUCUCCCAUGCUAGAUGCGAAUUCAAGCAACCUGUUGUGCUUUUGAUUUUGUAUUCUUUAUUUUAUUAUUGCAUUAUUGAAAUGUACAUUUUGAUAAUUGUAUAUAUAUUUAUGAGAGACCAGGUUUCCAAAUGCAUGAUUUUAUAAUAAAACAGUACUUUUCAUC